AUAUAACGAAUACGCGAUACAUGUGUAAUUUCGUAAAUUACUCCAGGGUUAAUUUGUCUAUCAAUUAUUAUUUUUACUGGUGUCGACCUCUGUAAAACAUUUCUGUUAAACACAGGUGUUACAGCAUGUGAAUUGUCAAAGGACUGAUAACGUGCUGUUAGGUGAAACGUCGAUUUUCUUCACUUGGCCUUUCCUUAUUCCGGUGUAACAGGAAAUAUGAUAAAUUCCCCUAUAGUUGAUUAGCUGCUGGUGCUGAUAAUAACAUGCUGUUAAUAUAUGAUAAGCCUGGGCCAUAUAUGUGUAUACUCAAGUUUGAAUUAAUACCAGCGGAACAUAAUAUUAUACGAUCUCUCGACAGUCUGCGACCAGUAUUAGAUAGUAAAGCAAUCCUUAAGGUGACAGAUGUGUCGUAGAAUAACCUGAAAAAUUAUUUCGAUCAUACCAACUUUUAUUGAUAAUUUCGAAGUGUACGAAUAAGAAGUUGAAAAUGUUUAAGAUCCUUUAUUUAGGAUUAUAUUUAUUGCUAUUUGGAAAUUGCAUUGGUGAUUAUCCAGAUAGGGACACAAAAUGGCAAAUGCUAUGCCCAGGUUUAUAUCCGAGAGCUUUUACAAGUUACACACCUCGUGGAAAUCUAUCUAGUGGAAUAUAUACUACCCAGCCUUUAAAUACCAUGAAACACUGUGUCGCUGCAUGCUGCACUGAAACUACAUGCAAUGUGGCACUUAUGCAUAAUGGUACCUGCUAUCAUGUGCAGUGUAAAAGUUCCAAAUUAUGUAUACCUUUAUAUAGGAAGGAUUUGGCAAAUGAAAAUCCUCCAAGCAUGGUUCUAGUUAAACCUGUAGAAGAAGAUGAGAUGUGGAGUGAUUUGUUGGAUCAAAUAAAUGAUGAUACUGGAGGGUUUCUCAUGGAUGGUACAGAAGGAGAUCAUAUUCUUUUUGGUGGGUCAAAUGGGAUAAGUUGCAUCACUCAAACAAAUUGUUUAGAGCAUGAAAUCUGUGUUAAGUCUGGGGAUAAGUCUGAUAUUGGAAUUUGUCAAUGUUCUACUGGAUUUAAGCACAAUAGUGCAGGAAUUUGCACUUUGGUGGAAGACAUAGAACUUGGUGUAACACCUCAAGGAAAACCACAAAGUAUAAAAGAUUCUGGAACAUCUAUGAAGCCACCAGUAAAACGACUGCUGGUUUCUGCAGUUUCAAAAGAAGUACGCUUACCAGAGAAUGAAGUAACAUUAUCUGCAUAUACUGUGCCAGCAGAACAAGGAAAUGAACAUUACAAUUAUGCUUGGAGUCUUCUAAGUCAACCAGAUGGCCAUACUGGCACAAUGUCUGAUCAGAACUGCAUGACUGUUAAAUUAAGUAAUUUAUCUGAGGGUUUAUAUACUUUUAAAGUAACAGUAAAUGGUCCAAAUACCUAUGGAGAAACAUAUGCAAAUGUUAGCGUUUUACCACCCAAGAGAAUAAAUCAAGCACCGGUUGCUAUAAUUUCACCUGCGUCGCAGGUUGUAAAAUUACCGAAUACGGGAGCUGUGUUAGAUGGUUCGUCGAGUAAAGAUGACGAUCGUGUUAUUUCUUAUCAUUGGGAAUUGCAACGAGGUCCUAUUGGAUAUCAUCCUAAUCUAAUUGAUACACCUACUUUACAGUUAGAUAAUCUUAUCCCCGGCAACUAUACUUUUAAGUUGACAGUAGAAGAUUCCAAUCAUAUCACUAAUUCUACAAGUGCUAAUAUAACAGUUUUGAAAAUAAUUGAUUAUCCUCCUAGUGCUAAUGCUGGUCAAGACAUUAUUAUAUAUUUACCUCAAAACACAUUGACACUCAAUGGUAACUUAAGUACAGAUGAUCAUGGAAUAGCAAGUUGGGAAUGGACAAAAAGUCCUUCGGAUCAAAACAAGGCAGUAGAUAUGCAGAAUACAAGAACGCCGUAUUUACAACUGUCUAAUUUAGAGGAAGGAAUGUAUACAUUUGUGCUAAAAGUAACAGACGAUUCAGAACAAUUUUCUACAGCUGAGGUUCAUGUGUUUGUGAAACCACCAACCAAUAAACCGCCGAAAGCUGAUGCUGGCGAACUUAUAACUAUAGCGUUACCUGAAACAAAAACUGUACUUGAUGGUCGGAAAAGUAAAGAUGAUAUUAAGAUUGUAUCUUACCAUUGGGAGCAAAUGAGUGGACCUAGUAAUGCUGUAUUUUCGGCAGUGAAUGAAUCAGUUACGAAUAUUACAAAAUUAACGAAGGGUGAUUACGAGUUUAAGUUAACUGUAAUUGAUGAUAAUGGAAAUAAAGAUUCGGACACCGUUAAAGUAAAAGUUACACAAAAUAAAAAUGCUGCCCCGAAAGCGAACGCAGGUGGAGAUCAGGUUGUUAUAGCCCCGAUUAGCGCACUAAUUAUUAAUGGAUCUCAAUCAACUGACGACCUAAGAAUUAGUGAAUGGAUGUGGUCGAGGGAUCCGUCUAGUCUUGCUAUAGGCACUAUAGUUCAGAAUUCUGAUAAAUCGCCAAUAUUAAUGUUGACAGAUAUCGUGCCAGGAAGAUACCUUUUUAGAUUAAAAGUAAUAGAUGAUCAAGGUCUUAGUAGCGAGGACACCGUAUCCGUGAUAGUAAAGUCCGAUCCACAAUUAUUGCAUUUAGUUGAAUUAACAUUGAAUAUCGAAGCAAAUUUGUUAACAGUGUCGCAAAAAAAUUCUUUGGUAUUAAAAUUACAAAUGUUACUGCGGGAUGAAGCAUCUAUUGUUGUCCGAAAUUUAAGAGCGGAGCCACAUACAGGCAGAGCUGUCUUAAUUUUCUAUGUAGAGAAAAAAGGAGGAAAAGUUGCUAUGUACGGGCCCGAAGUAGUUAAACGAUUGAAAGAAAAAUUAAGACAAGAUUCAGGCAUUCUUCACUUGUCUGUUGCAAACAUUGAUACUGCUGUGUGUCAAAAUAAUUGUUCGGGCCAUGGAGUAUGUGAUCAAGAAACAAGAUUAUGUAUGUGUGAAGCAUUUUGGAUGCAAAAUUUAAUACAGAAAUACUUUGGCAAUGGCGAUUCCAAUUGUGAUUGGAGUAUUCUCUAUGUAAUAAUAGCAUUAUUGUCUCUAGUCGUAUGUUGGGUUGGCCUCAUUUGGGGUCUUGUUUGUCUGUGUCAAAGAAUAUGUACAGGUAAACGACGUUCACUUGGUACUAAGAAAAAACCACCGCGUUAUUCUCUUCUACAACCGGAACCGGAGGACGACAGCAGCACAUUUUCAACACAUAAAAUGGUGUUAUCUGAAUCAGACACGGACUCUGAUGAUGUUUUAUUCGAACAUCGUAAAGCGAAAAAUAGCAGUCAAGUAAGAAACGGUAAAUCUCGAAAUGGCUUUAUUAAAGUGGGCUCUAGAGUGAAAACAUGAGGAAUGUAUAGAACGUAAGAUUUCGUUAAACGACGCACAUUUGUGUACGUUUGGCCAAAAAAAAAAAAUUAAGAAAAUCGUAAAUUUUACUAGUCAGUUACAAGGCUGUAAUUUUAAGUAUGUAUCUAGCAAGGAUAUGAUUUCUCAGAAGUUGCCACUUGUAAAAAGAAUUUGACGAAACUAAAUGUACUUAAUUAAGUACUGAUUAGAGACAAGAAAAUACACGCGCUCACUUUAUUGCA